AAUUGCUUAUAGUAACAAAUGGAUCGAUUCCACGCGAUGCCUUCGUUCUCACUGAGCUUUCCUUUCCUUUUGUUUGUUUUCUGCUUGAUCGGCUCACUAGCUGCCGAUGAUCUCCCACAUAAAUCCGGCGGUGACGUCUGCUCCGGGGGUUCUGAUCUUAGAACGCCCGAUAUUCGACUUAACCGACCGACGUCCUCCGUCGUCGGAAACUGCCCGGCGGAGCCAAGUCCUUUAGUUAUGGCUGACGACGAGAAGUACGGUAACAAAAUGGUUAUCAGUCUCACUCCUCGUCUUUACGACUAUGUCCUCAACAACGUUCGCGAGCAUGAGGUUUUGAAGCAACUUCGAGAAGAGACUGCCAUUAGUCAAAUUCAGGUGUCGCCUGAUCAAGCGCAAUUGCUUGCAAUGCUUGUAGAGAUUCUUGGAGCUGAAAGAUGUAUUGAAGUUGGAGUUUACACGGGAUAUACAUCAUUGGCUGUGGCGUUGGUUCUACCAGAAUCAGGGCGUCUUGUUGCCUGUGAUAAAGAUGCUAACGCUCUUGAAGUUGCUAAGAGGUACUACGAGCUUGCCGGAGUGUCUCACAAGGUCACUGUGAAACAUGGUCUUGCAGCAGAAUCUUUAAUGUCUAUGAUUCAGAACGGUGAAGAGUCCAGCUAUGAUUUUGCAUUUCUUGAUGCUGAUAAGCCGAUGUAUCAGGAGUACUUUGAAUCGCUACUUCGACUCGUCAGGGUUGGUGGAGUCAUUGUGAUUGAUAAUGUUCUUUGGCAUGGAUGGGUUGCGGAUUCUAUGGUGAAUGAUGAGAGGACCAUCAGCCUUAGAAAUUUCAACAAAAAAUUAAUGGAUGAUCAACGUGUAAGCAUUAGUAUGGUAUCAAUCGGCGAUGUUCUCUGCUUGAUCGGUUUACAAGCUGCGGAUGAUUUCCCAGAUAAUUCCGGCGGCGACGUCUGCCCUCGGGUUUCGGACCCGGGUGGAUGCACAAUCAACUGUUUCCGAGCGGAUCCGGUUUGCGGAGCCGAUGGAGUCACGUAUUGGUGCGGCUGUCCCGACGCAGCUUGCCAUGGUGCUCGUGUAGUCAAAAGAGGAGCUUGUGACACAGGUAAUGCAGGAAGUGCUUCUGUUCCUGGCCAAGCUUUGUUAUUGAUUCACAUUGUUUGGCUCUUCUUGCUUGGACUCUCUCUUCUCGUUGGUGGUUUCUAAUCUCUCGAGUGUUGACGGCGGAAUUAGAGGAGGAAUUGAUUGAUUCCAUUAUCGUUUGUAGCUUUUAGUCAUAUUUUACAGAGCACACAUAUGCUUUGAGGUAUAGAUCACACGUCCUGUGUUUGUUAUGUGUAGAGUUGAGUAUUGUUUUGCUUUGUGUACUAUACAUAUGUAAUAGAUUCUGUUGCAAUACAUCAUAUAAAGAUUUGAUCAGACA